GGUUCUGUCCCAGAUAUUCUGGCUACUUCCUUCACAAAGAUUGACUGUGUCGAAGACGAUGGACCUCAAAAUAAAAGGCGCAAGCUGAUUGCAGCGCCUCGGAGCUUGAGGACAGUCAGGGGCCUUUCGGACUCAAAUACCCCGCUGGGUUAUAUCCCCCUAGCACGGUGUCAUGUACGAUUGAACUUUGCUCACCCGAAUGUUACAGAAAAAUCUGUUGACGCGGUUGAAUAUAAUGCAGACCUCCCUGUUCUGGUGCAAACAGCCUCAGACCCUCUCAUUCUCCCUGAAAGUCUACAAUUGGAACUGUUAGCAGUGUCCGGACAGGAAGUUAUCUUUUCAGAUUCAAUCACCAAUCGCGACAUUAUUGACGUCAUUGGCAGCGAGCUGACAGGAAGCCUGCCUUGUGCCGAUAGAUUUGUCAAGAGCGAGCCGGCUGUGUGCUAUCAGGCAACUUUGCGUCGAUUCGCCGACGGGAAGUCCUUUGAACUGGAGGUCGUCGUCCUGUGGCGGGAUUCGACGGAGAUUCUAGAUAAGAAACGCUUGUCUUCUGCCUCAUUGAUGGUAUUUUCAAAAUAUGUUCUGAGAGAGGGCGACCGUUCGCUUGUGGAGCACGCAACGCACAGCCAGAACGAUCAACGGCGAAGGCAGGCGGCGAGCUGGUCCCCGAGUGAAUUCUACGACAAUGUCCAUGUCCCGCUUGACACGCCCACAAGUUCGGCUGAGAUCGAAUGCGCCUCAAUAGAGUGUCAGCUCUUUCCCUUUCAGAGACGGGCCGUCAGGUGGCUUAUGCAGAGGGAGGGGGUCGGAUUAUCCCCCGAUGGGCAGGUAAUAUCUAUUGCAGAGGAACCGAAUAGUGACUUGCCAGCUUCAUUCAUUGCUAUGACCGAUGCUGAUGGCAAGCGUUGUUAUGCCAGCCAUCUUCUCAUGACUGUGACCACAGAUAUUUCCGCAUAUGUGGCAGUCUUACAGGGCGGCAUCCUGGCUGAAGAGAUGGGUUUAGGCAAGACGGUUGAAAUGAUCAGUCUAAUGUGCCUAAACCGUCGCGACUUGUCAUCUGAGAGUCAAGCUCCAAGGCCCGAUGGUGGCUUAAUACCCUCUCGUGCAACAUUGAUUAUAACACCGCCCGCGAUUCUUGAACAGUGGAGGGAGGAGAUAUUGCUACACGCUCCGAGUCUUCGUGUCUUUUACUACGAGGGUAUCAACCGUCACCAGGAAAUGGCAGAACAGUGUCUAGUCAAUAUGGUGGCUGACCACGACGUCGUGCUGACGACCUAUAAUGUUCUUGCUCGAGAGAUUCAUUAUUCUGGGAAUACUCCGGAUCGAAACCUUCGGCAUGCUAAGAGAUUCGAGCCGGGGAAGACGCCUCUUGUUCAGGUUCAUUGGUGGCGAGUCUGUUUAGAUGAGGCUCAGAUGAUUGAGAGUGGCGUCAGCAAUGCAGCCAAAGUUGCACGUUUGAUCCCGCGCCAGAUGGCCUGGGCCGUUACUGGGACUCCUAUCCGCAAGGAUAUCACGGAUCUCCUCGGACUUCUACUAUUCCUGCGAUAUGAACCCUUCUGCGGACCAAUUUGGAAUCGGCUGUGUUCAUCGUUCAGGCCUGUUUUGGCACAGAUCGUCCGCACUAUUGCCCUUCGACACAGUAAAAACCGCAUCCGAGGGGAGCUCCACAUACCACCUCAAAAAAGGGUGGUUAUCACAAUUCCCUUUACCACAGUGGAAGAGCAGUACUAUACACAAUUGCAUGAGCAAAUGUGUGAAGACUGCGGCCUUGAUAUCUUAGGCGCACCUUUACAUGAUGACUGGAACCCCAAUAACUCGUCAACAAUUGAGAGAAUGAGAAGUUGGCUCGUCAGACUGCGUCAGACUUGCCUGCAUCCGGCUGGAAAUCGUCGUCGAGGAUUCGCGACAGGUUACAAUGGUCCGUUGCGCUCAGUCCGAGAGGUCCUGGAGGCGAUGAUUGAUCAGAACGACGUUCUCAUACACGCAGAAGAACGGUCACGUCUCUUAUCCCAACUUCGUCGGGGACAGUUAUUGGAAAAUGCUAUGCGCAAACAGGAAGCACUCGAGCUUUGGAGGACUUCUCUGGAGAGAGCAAGUUCAAUUGUCACCGAAUGCCGGGAUCGAUUGGAGUCAGAGCUUGGGAGAGUGCGGGCUCCUACUGAGAAUACCAACCAAGAACUGGCAUCGACUGACUUAUCCAUCGAUGACAAUAAAGACGAAACGGACAGGGGUAAUCGCAUAGGGACUUAUCGUCAGAGGCUACGUACUGCUCUGGAAGUCCAACAUAUGGGUGUGUUUUUCAUGGGCAAUGCGUACUUUCAGAUCAAAUCAGACCUCAAGCUCACUGACCCUGAGUCUGACGAGUUCAAGUCCCUUGAGAAACUGGAAGAGGAGGCGUAUGCCACUGCGAAAUUCAUUCGGAAGGAAAUAUUGAUGGAUGUGUCUAAGAAAGCAGGGAGUCACAUGGAAACAAUUAGGGCGAUGCUGCGCAGCAAACGGUUUGUGGUCAUACCCACGAUGAAUCCUCGUAUUUUUAGCACCGGCUUAGAGGCUCGCCGUGUGCUAGAAAAGCUUAAAGACUUCUGCGACGCUAUGAACAAACAUGCUGCACAAUACAAUGAGUGGCGUCUGACCAUGAUCCAUCUUCUGUCCCAGUCACUCAUUGACCAGGAAGAUGAAUCGGAGCUUCACGGGAACGAAUACGAAAAAUCUACUAAACAUCAGGAUGAAAUGUACGUCUAUAUGGAGGCACUACGCGCCAUGUUUGCCGACCGCCAUGACUGCUUGACCGGGCAAAGGAAUGUGCUCAUUGCUCAUGAGGUCAAAGGGGGCAUUGUUCAAGCCCAGAAGGGUGAGGGUCCCUCACCAGAGCUAUUCCUGAACAUCAUGAACAAGCGGAGCCGUAUCAAGCCCGAUCCACAUAUUGGCUCUCUGCGUGGCAUCAUCAGUGAACUUCGUAGCUUGACCACAUCGUUGGAGUGGCAGGCAACUGAGGGAAGCACUCGAGCUCUGGCGGAGCUGGAAAUUGCCAGUUUGGUAUUGAAGAAUGCUAGUACUAUGGCUGCAGAGCAUGCCAAGGUCGCCUCAAGCCUUGAGAGAGAGGUUGAGAUGUUUCGGGACACCAUGAAUUAUCGCCUUGAGUAUUAUCGCCAGUUACAGCAGAUAUCUGAUACUGUGGCUCCAUUCGAUGAGGAAAAUGUCGGAAAACCAUUAGAUCAGGUCCUCUUCCAGGCAAAGCUCACUCAAGAAAACGCUAUUGAUGAGAAAAUCUCGGCCCUACGGGCAAAAAACCGCUACCUAAUCCAUCUUCGAGACGAAUCGGGCACGGAUGAGUCCACCAGAAUAUGCGUGAUAUGUCAAUCAGGGUUUGAAAUCGGCGUUUUGACUGUGUGUGGUCAUAAAUACUGUUCAGCUUGCUUACGCUUAUGGUGGCAUCAGCACCGAACUUGUCCUACAUGUAAGAAGAGAUUGAAAGCGAACGAUUUUCACCAGAUCACAUACAAACCUCGGAACUUUGUCGCGCAAGAGGAAAAGGCACCUACUAAGGCCUCAUCUGAACGCUUCUCCUCAACAAAUUCUAUAUAUAGUGAUAUCAGCUCGAGCACGCUGGAGGAGAUCAGAACCAUCAAUCUAGAUUGCUCUUUCGGAACCAAGAUUGAUACAUUGGCUCGCCACAUACUGUGGCUUCGCGAGCACGAUCCUGGCGCCAAGUCAGUGGUUUUUUCCCAGUAUAAGAAUUUCCUCGAGAUUCUAGGCUCUGCCUUAUCCCGAUUCAAGAUUGGGUUCAGCAGUGUUGAUAACAAAGAUGGCAUACAGAGCUUUAAAAGUGAUCCUGCGCUGGAAUGCUUCCUCCUCCACGCCCGGGCUCAUUCUUCCGGGCUGAAUCUCAUUUGUGCCACGAAUGUUAUAUUUUGCGAACCCUUGAUCAACACUGCAAUCGAACUUCAGGCCAUUGCCCGCGUACAUCGCAUUGGCCAGCAUCGGCCAACCACCAUCUGGAUGUACCUGGUUUCCGACACUGUUGAGCAAUCGAUAUAUGACCUCUCUGUGUCGCGUCGUCUUGCUCACAUCAUGCAGAAAGAGCGAAAGCACGAAGCCAAAUUAUCACAGACCUCGGUGAAGAGUGAACAUGGCGUCGCAAGCAACACCCUGACCGAAACAGCGAUUGAUGCUGCAAAUUCGUCCGAAAUCCAAGAUGCGGCGCUUGACAAAAUGAUGGCGAGCGGUGCUUCAGGUGGUGAACUCGUGAAAAAAGAUGAUUUAUGGCAAUGCCUUUUCGGCAGACCGAACCGUUACAAGAAAGUUGAUAGUGUCUUGAUGGAUGCUGAUGCCGAAGUUGCGAGAUUCUUGGGAGCCGAGGCCGCUGAACAGAGAAACACGGCCUCACCGAAUAUAUGA